CGCAACACAACCAAUUCACACAAAUUGACUACACAUAUAUAGAAAAACUUUCGCCAUUUUCUUGUUUCAAGAAACCACGCCAAUCGCCAUACGGGUUAAGAAGAAGGAAGCAGCAAGUGCAAGAACAAAUACGACUACUUUUCAUAAAAUUCUUUAUAAAGUGAAUAGAAAUACUUGAUUGCAAUAAUGUCUCACGGCGGAAGGAAUGAAUGUCGAAUCUACGUGGGAAAUCUUCCUCCCGAUAUAAGAACCAAGGACAUCCAAGAUCUUUUUUAUAAGUUUGGAAAAGUGACAUUUGUUGAUUUGAAGAAUAGAAGAGGACCACCCUUCGCUUUUGUGGAAUUUGAUGAUCCUAGAGAUGCAGAAGAUGCCGUUCAUGCAAGAGACGGUUACGACUACGAUGGCUAUCGUCUUCGAGUAGAAUUCCCUCGAGGCGGUGGUCCAAGCAAUAAUUUCCGUGGUGGUCGGGGAGGUGGUGACAGUGGCAGAGGUGGUCGAGGCGACAUGAAUAAUUCACGAGGCAGAGGACCACCUGCUCGUCGUUCACAGUAUCGCGUUUUAGUCACUGGACUUCCUCCUUCCGGAAGUUGGCAAGAUUUAAAGGAUCACAUGCGAGAGGCUGGAGACGUUUGUUUUGCAGAUGUAUACAAGGACGGUACUGGGGUCGUUGAAUUUUUGCGAUACGAGGACAUGAAGUAUGCUGUGAAGAAACUCGAUGACUCUCGAUUCAGAUCUCAUGAGGGAGAAGUGGCUUAUAUCAGAGUAAAAGAGGAUCAUACCGGAGGUGACCGAGGCCGUAGUGAAGAUCGAGAGCGAGGAAGGUCACGUUCUCGAAGUUACAGUCCACGACGUCGUGGUUCACCAACAUAUUCACCAUUACGACGUCAUACGCGCUCUCGUUCAAGAUCCAGAUCUCGCUCUUACGACUAGUGUGUACGUAUAUUCCCCACCUGAUAAUACAACCAAUACUGUUUCAGAUUUGUGCAUUUUCACGCUUAAUUAUUGCUGAUUUGAGAAGCAAUUUCAUUCAAAUAAAAUAUUUUCAAAGUGUAUCAAAAUUUAAAGAGAAAAGAAAUGUCAAUUUCUUCUCCAUAAAAUCAAAACAGCAAUACAAAAAGUGGGACUUGAAUAUUUUGUAAUAUUACGUCGAAUUAUCAGGCGCAAAUAGAUACACACAAACAAACAAACACACACACAUACACACACACACACAUUGAAUUUAAGUCAAGAAUUAAAUGCAAAGUCAAUGGAAAUUUACAUUUAAUUGGAAUUUUCAUAAUUUAAUCUAUAUCUAACAGUAGAUUUUUUGUAUACUUUAUAAAUUGACUUUGUCGUAAUAAUCGUUAAGGUAAAAAUGAAACAUUCCUUUGUGGGUUUGAAGCUCAGAUUUUAAUGAGGAAAUUUUGUUUCUAGUAUUUUAUGCUGUUAUAAAUUAAAUUAUUUUUCAAUGAUUAAAAACUAAUUUUAAGGAAGUUGGAAGAUGAAAUUUAUUAGUAUUAAAAAAUUUUUAAUUCUAAUUCUUAUUAUUUGUGAUCAUGUUUUUAAUAAUAUUUCAGUAGGUAUGUAUUUCAAUUUUUUCUUCUUUUUUCUUCCUUUUUCUUUUGUUAUUCAAGACUUUCUCGCAGUAUUAAUUCCAAUUUAUAAUAAUUUGAAAUCAAGAAAUAUUAACAUUUUUCCUUCUUCACUGCAAAGAUAUAAGAUGGGAAAAGUAAAUUUUCCAACAACCUUAAAAUAUAAAAGGACAUUAUACAGAACAUUCUAAUUCUAAAAAAUUACUUUUAAUCUGUAAAAUUGUACAAAGAAAGUAAUAUAAAAAAUGGUAAUUUCAAAA